AUGAUGAACACCAGCUGGAUGUUACAAGGGGUCUCUGACCCCGAGGCGUCCAAUGACGAGGCGCCAGAGUCAAACGAAUUGGGCCAUCUUUUGCAGGAUGAGGAUCAUCUGGAUUUCCACAUACCCGUGCAUCACUCUACAGCUGCAUUAUUAGAACAAGCGGCAUUAAUGAGUCCGGGCGGACCGCAUCAUCAAUCUCUCGGAAAUUCCCAUCAUCCAUAUGCCACGACUGGCAUACUGCAGUCACAACAGCAUGGAUCGCCUUUGAUGCAUCCGCAGCACCAUCAUCCUCACCACUCUAUGCACCCACACCAACACUUAAACGGAUCUCCAUCUAAUGGCGGGGUUGGUGUAUGUGGGCCUGCCCCACAAAGGCCAAUGCUCGCUUCCGAUGGACGGCUAGGCCACUCCCACCCACAUCACCUUGCAGCAGCAAUGGGGGCCUCCAAUCAUCAGCACCAUCCGUCUCAUUUGAUGUCUUCCUCACAUCACCUUCAUCACCAUCAACAUCCAUCGCUCAUGCACCAUCAGCGGCAGAUCCCAUCCCCGAUUCAACAACAGUCGCACAACCUUCCACCGUCUCCGCAAUCUUUGGCCUCAAAAAUGGAAGGCAUUCCAGAGACACCUUUCUACUGCUCCCGAUGUCGAUACACUAAGGACGUCACCUCUUUCAUGGAUGGAAAUAGGAAGCGCAAGACAUGCUCUUCCUGCCGCUCUUAUGGAAGAAAGUAUCUGAAGAAGAAAGAGGGCCAGGUCGACCUCCCGGGCGAAGAGCACCUCUCUGAGGAAUCCAAGCAUACGUCCAGGAGCAUGGAAGUGGAGGAUGACGAGAUGUUGCGGAUGAACAACAUGGCGUUUAUAGAUAAUAUGAAUUGGCUGUGUCAUCAUCUCAACGAAUUCAAAGACAACCAGCAGCAUGUCAAAAGCCUGAGAAAGGAGUUUGGACGCAUCAUCGCACAUUCUCGCCUGUCAAUAGAGUCAUACAUGACAAGUUCGUUGAGCACCGAAGAGGGGCGACACAUGUAG